AUGAAGCGUGUUAUAUUAAAUUCAUUAUCAUCGACUAUAUUAGUCGUUUUGGUUGUUUGUUGUUGUGUUCUAGACAUCACAGUGGUUGGAUUAAGCUCAACAAGGGAAAGAGAAAACAGAAAAUUUUUCGGUGGUUACAGAAUAGCUCCAAAAUUUUGUAAUGCAACAAGACUUCAACCAGGGACUUCAAAGCCCCGAGGACCUACGAUCUGCAUGUUUAAUCACGAAUGUUCUCAAAGGAAUGGAGAAGUUGUUGGAGCAUGUAUGGAUGGAUUUUUAUUUGGUACCUGUUGUCUUUUAAAAGGUCAAGAGCAUAAUGGACAUGAAAUGGAUGAUGAUUACAUUGAAGAGAUGCCACAAUCAAAUUUAGCGGCUGUUAGUUCAUAUGAAAGAUAUGGAAGCGCCCAAGGUGAUUCGUAUUUAGACAAAAAGAAAUAUCAAAACGAAUAUGACUUUCAAAUGGACCCAGAUAUGGUUGAAAAGUAUGAAAAGCUAAAUGAGGCAACGGGAUACUUUUAUUCAACGACGAGCAUUCCAGAAAGCGAGGCACAUACAACAACUAUAAACUCUAUUGUUGGAAGACAAACAACGACAGAGGCACCUUCUUAUCAAGAGGAAACUGUGGCUCCAACAACAAACGUUUAUUUGCCCAAUAUUUCUAGUCAUAAAUAUAGCGAAGAAUUGCCGUCAGCUUUGUUGAAUAAAUUUUCGAAUCAAGAAACUAUUAAUCCCAUAUCAUCAGUUGAAAUAACAUCAUCGACAACUAAUGGGAUUGACGACAUUUUUACCUCCAGCAACGUCCAUUAUAUAGGAAAUGUUUUACGAGAAAAUGUGGACAGUACGACUAAUCGAGAAUUUAAUGAUAUCACCUACGAAGACGAUUCAUAUGAUACCGAAACUUCCAACUAUCCAACGACUACGUUUUAUAGAAAAUCCACUUCAACAACGGAAAAACCUCAACAUAAUACGCGUGUCACUUACCCAAAACCUCAAUUUAGGCCAAAGCCCACAAAAGAAUCUACAAACAAUUACAUCCUUGUCCAAACGGUUUCUAAUGAAAGAUACAACGAUUCAAAAACCGCAGUUUCAGAACCCAAUUUGGAAUCGAUUGAGUCAAUUAUUCUAAUGUUGAAUGAUACUAAUCCGGGACCAUCUUAUGAUACUGAUAUAUCAACCGAAAGAAUCGCUCCUGAUAGUACUGAAAUGGGAUACUAUUCCACGUAUUCUGAUGAAUAUGAUACAACACAAUAUAGUACAAAUCGUUAUCGUCCAGUAACGAGAAAGCCAGCAUCGCGUCCGUCUUUUUACACAACAACUUUUCAGCCAGACUCUUAUCAAGAAGAAACAGAAAUGUACAGCAGUCCAUACAGUCAAACGAAACGACCGAAUAUUGAAGCUAUUAAGGCCCAAACUACUUAUUCGUACUACGAUCCAUCGUUCCAAUCAGGAAGCAGUACACACUAUUUUUCGCCAAGCACAAAUUCUAUCAGUGUAUCUAGUUCGAAAAAGCCGUAUAGUAAACCCACAACUCAAAUAACAUAUAGCACUGCCGCUCCGACUAUUGAGAUCAUUAAAACAACAGUUGGCUCUAAGCAACCCUCGACUUUUAGUACCAGUGCAGGAACCAAGGUAAAUAAAAUUAAAACGCCUACUUCAGCAUCUUCUCGUCCCUCCUCAUCAAGUAGUACAACUUCUACACGACCCAUCAGUACAACGCAACGUAUUAAGGUGUCAUCAACUCAAAAGCAAUCAACAACUUCUACUAAAGGAACACGUAAACCACCAUCAACAAGCUAUGUUUACUCUCCUUAUCCCACUAAGCGACCUGGUGCAUCAGAAAAAACCUCUACAUCUGCGAAACCUACAAAAAAAAUUAGCCAAUCACAACUAGUCACAGCAGGUACCCGUCUUCCGGGCGAAUUUAUUGUACAGUCUAAGCCUGUUACGCAGGCUCGUCCAACAUCAAGUAACAGCUAUUUUUCAGUGCAAGAUAGUGUGACAAGCAGUCGGCCAAACCCUACUGUUUACAUUACUCCAAAGCCCAACGUGAACUUAAUAACGUCAAGUAACUAUGGAAAUAAUCCCGGAGGUAGUUCGACACCGGGUGGAACAAAUAAAAUUUCAACCGGCAACAUGCCACAAGGCGGAAUCUCAGUAAUAUAUAAUGAAAAUCCAGCUGUAUUGAUUCCGGCACCAGCCGACUUCGAUAAUGAAGGAUACUUUGGAGUCUCGACUACAAUGCGUCCUAUAUCUGACCAACAUUUAGUAACACAAACAUCGAUUUUCACGAUUGGCAAAAGACCAUCAACAAUUCAUGUGUUUGCCCCAACAACACCUUCUUCCGUAUUACAUUAUAAUGAUAUAAACGAUUACAAAACAGGACAAACAUCCAUGAUUCCAAUAAAAGGAGUUACACAUGCAGCUACAGAUGAUCUGAUAAACUUUCCUCCAGUCCGAAAUCCAAACUUAAAUCUUACCAAUGGAGUGCCACCAGGAGUUCAUACUGGAGUAAACUUCAGUGAAGAGGAGGAUACUGCUGAGACAACUCCCGUAUUUGUCGAAGACGAAGUGCUGCAUAACAAAAUGGAUUUAUUAGUAAGCAAAAUUGUUGCAUCAUUGCAAAAUAAUUUUGAUGAUUUGGCUGACAUGGUAUAUGAAAGACGAAACGUGACCAUUUUGAAAGAUCCAUCCGAGGAUGCGGCUACAUUAAAACCAAGUAGACGUCCUACUACUAGAAAACCAAUUACAACUACCAAAAGAGCAAAAGUUACUACGACAAAAAGACCAUUGAAAGCAACUAGUAAAAAACCAGCAACUACAAAGAAACCAUCAAGUAGCAAAAGACCUAGUACAAAGCGACCUACAUCAAAGGUGACAACAAAACCUACUAAGCGCGUUACUACAAGCACAGAAACGGCAACAUUAGCUGACGAUUACUACGAUGAGCCAAUAGAUGACAAUGAAACCGGGGCAGAAGAACAAUUACCGUCUUUUGGAAAUGCAAGAAUACAAUGUGGCGUACGUCCCCAAGUAAAGUCCGGUAGAAUAGUCGGUGGAAAAUCUGCUCGUUUUGGAGAAUGGCCAUGGCAGGUACUCGUAAAAGAAUCAACAUGGUUAGGGCUAUUUACCAAAAACAAAUGUGGUGGUGUUUUGAUAAACAAUAAUUAUGUAAUGACCGCUGCUCAUUGUCAACCAGGCUUCCUUGCGUCAUUAGUUGCGGUAUUGGGUGAACAUGAUAUUUCUGGCGAAUUGGAAGCAAAACGUUCAAUCACAAAAAAUGUCAAACAAAUCAUCGUACAUAGGCAGUAUGACCCAGCAACAUUUGAAAAUGAUUUGGCAUUAUUGCAAUUAGAGAGCCCUGUGCACUACGAUACGCAUAUUGUUCCGAUAUGCUUACCACCAGAUAGUGCAGAUUUUACUGGCCGCAAAGCUACUAUAACAGGAUGGGGACGUCUUAAAUAUAACGGUGGUGUUCCGAGUGUUUUGCAAGAAGUUCAGGUCCCCGUUAUGGAGAAUAGCGUUUGUCAGGAAAUGUUUAACACAGCAGGGCAUCAAAAGAAAAUUUUACCAUCAUUUUUAUGUGCAGGUUAUGCCAAUGGACAGCGUGACUCUUGUGAAGGUGAUUCGGGUGGACCAUUAGUUUUACAGCGCUCAGAUGGUAGAUUUGAAUUAGUAGGAACGGUUUCUCAUGGAAUCAAAUGUGCUGCUCCUUAUUUACCAGGUGUCUAUAUGCGAACAACUUUCUACAAACCUUGGAUAAAAAGUGUAGCUGGCAUAAAAUAA